GUAAAGCCUGCUCCAAACUUCUCAGCUGUUGACAGGCUUGACUUGCUGAGAACACUGGUUAAAUAUAGCACAAGCGAGCUGAGCUCAACAAAGUCAUUGCUGUAACACUGUGUGAAGAGACCAGAAGAGGGGAAAUACAAUCUGAGAACUAAACUGCCAAAGCCUAACACCACCUAGCAACAGUUGAAAAAACUUUUAAACAAAAGUCUGGGUGAGACACAGACAGAGUAUACCUCCUACUUCUUCUGCCUGGGAUUUCUGCGUGAAGCAACUCCGGUCCUUAGUACUCUGCCCUGUUUCCUUCAUUACUUCAGCUGCUGGUAGACCCAGAAAAGUGGGAAAAGUUCCUGUCUUUGUGUUCUCUUGGGCUGGAUCAGGCUACUGCUGUGGGACAAGCUACUGCAAUCUUGCAGUGCAAAGGAUAUAUCCUAAGUUCUUGCUGACAGGGAGCAGCAGGGAUUCCAGUCAGCCCCAGGUGGGAGCAGCAGAGUGAUGGCACAGCGACAGCUCCAUCCUCGACCCCCUCCUCCCCCGUGCAGAACUAGAUUCUAGCAAAGCCCCUGCCCUGGAAGCAUCCCUCAACACAGGUAGGGAUGAGAUCCCGAAACCAAGGUGGAGAAAGCUCGUCUAACGGGCACUUGUCCAGUUCCAAGCCUGUCAUCAGCCAUGCAGAGAACGAAAAACUCCAGGAUGAUGCCAAGAAAAAGAACAAACCUCAUCGGAAGGAAGAUGAGGUCAUGGUUUCAGCAACUGUCAAACGGCACUCAAAAUCACCUGGACCUAGUGAACGAAAGAACAAGAAGUCCAUAGAGUUUUCUAAAGAGGACUUGAUAAAACUCCUCAGUAUAAUGGAAGGAGAACUACAGGCAAGGGAGGAUGUGAUCCACAUGCUGAAGACAGAGAAAACCAAACCUGAAGUUUUAGAAGCUCACUAUGGUUCUGCAGCUCCAGAGAGUGUGCUGAGAGUGCUACACAGGGACGCCAUCCUCGCCCAAGAAAAAUCUAUAGGAGAAGAUGUCUACGAGAAACCAAUUUCAGAGCUGGACAGGCUUGAAGAAAAGCAGAAGGAGACAUAUCGACGCAUGCUGGAACAGCUCCUUUUGGCAGAAAAAUGCCAUCGCCGCACAGUUUAUGAGCUUGAAAAUGAGAAGCAUAAACAUACAGAUUACAUGAACAAGAGCGAUGACUUUACCAACCUCUUGGAGCAGGAGCGAGAGAGAUUGAAGAAACUUCUUGAGCAGGAGAAGAUCUAUCAAGCCCGAAAGGAGAAAGAACACACAAAGAGACUCAAUAAACUAAGAGAAGAACUAGUCAAGCUCAAAUCAUUUGCACUCAUGCUGGUGGAUGAGAGACAAAUGCAUAUUGAACAACUUGAUCAACAAAGCCAGAAAAUACAAGAUUUAAAUCAAAAACUAAAGGAAGAAGAAGAAAAGCUUAAAAUUGUUACUGCAAAAGCAAAAGAAGAUGGACAAAAGCUGAUGCGGUUAGAAACGGAACUUGAACACAAAACAUCAUCAUUUUCUCAGGAACAUGAGGAGAUGACUGCUAAACUGGCUAAUCAGGAGUCACAUAACAGACAGCUAAGGCUCAAGUUGGUUGGGUUGACUCGCAGAAUAGAGGAGCUAGAGGAAACAAACAGAAGUCUUCAAAAAGCUGAGGAGGAACUUCAGGAACUAAGAGAUAAAAUAGCAAAAGGGGAAUGUGGGAACUCUAGUUUAAUGGCAGAAGUUGAAAAUCUCCGCAAGCGUGUACUUGAAAUGGAGGGAAAAGAUGAAGAGAUCACAAAAACUGAAUCCCAGUGUAAAGAGCUGAAAAAUAAACUGCAAGAGGAAGAGCACCAUAACAAAGAGUUGAAACUUGAAGUGGAAAAGUUGCAGAAGAGGAUGUCAGAACUAGAGAAACUGGAAGAGGCUUUCAGUAAAAGUAAGUCUGAAUGCACUCAGCUGCACUUAAACUUGGAGAAAGAGAAGAAUUUAACUAAGGAUUUGAUAAAUGAAUUGGAACUGGUGAAGACUCGAGUGAAAGACCUUGAGGCAUCAGAAAGCAAGUUGGAAAAAGCUGAAAUAAGCUUAAAAGAUGACCUAACAAAGCUGAAGUCAUUUACCGUAAUGUUGGUUGAUGAACGGAAAAAUAUGAUGGAAAAAAUAAAACAGGAAGAAAAAAGAGUUGAGGGUCUAAACAAGAAUUUUAAAGUUGAACAAGGGAAAGUUAUGGAUGUAACAGAGAAACUGAUAGAAGAAAGUAAGAAAUUUUUGAAACUGAAAUCAGAAAUGGAGGAAAAGGUGUCUGUUUUGACGAAAGAAAGGGAUGAGUUAGUUGUUAAACUGAAAAGUGAAGAAGAAAAGUCCUCAGAACUGAGCUGUCGAUUUGAUCUGUUAAAGAAAAGAAUUGAUGGUAUGGAGGAAGUGGAGAGAGAAAUUACAAGAGGUCGAGCCAGAAAAGGACCAGAGCAUGGCUGUCAGGAGGACAACAAGAUUAAGGAACUCACUAUUGAAAUUGAAAGACUGAAAAAACGGCUCAAACAAUUGGAAGUGGUUGAAGGAGAUUUGAUGAAGACAGAAGAUGAAUAUGAUCAGCUAGAGCAGAAAUUUAGGACUGAGCAAGAUAAAGCUAACUUACUUUCUCAACAGCUGGAAGAGAUGAAGCUCCAGAUUGCCAAAAACAAAGCAAUAGAAAAAGGUGAAGCAGUGAGCCAGGAGGCAGAGUUGAGGCACAGGUUUCGUCUGGAAGAGGCUAAAAGCAGAGAUUUGAAAGCAGAAGUUCAAGCUCUUAAGGAAAAAAUCCAUGAACUGAUGAACAAAGAAGACCAGCUUUCUCAGCUCCAAGUGGAUUAUUCAGUUUUGCAGCAAAGGUUUAUAGAAGAAGAAAAUAAAAACAAGAGCAUGGGGCAGGAAGUUCUGAAUCUAACGAGAGAGUUAGAACUUUCUAAGCGUUACAGCCGCGCUCUGAGGCCCAGCAUAAAUGGACGAAGAAUGGUUGAUGUUCCUGUGACAUCCACAGGUGUGCAAACAGAUGCUGUGAGCAGUGAAGCAGCAGAAGAAGAAACUCCAGCUGUGUUUAUACAGAAAUCCUUCCAGGAGGAGAACCACAUAAUGAGCAAUCUGCGACAGGUAGGUCUGAAAAAACCUAUGGAGCGUUCUUCAGUGCUUGAGAGAUACCCUCCAGCAGCAAAUGAACUUGCGAUGAGGAAAUCUUGGAUACCGUGGAUGAGAAAGAGGGAACAUGGGGCUCAGGCAACUCCAGACAAAGGAGCCCGAGCCCACAGUGGCACAGCACAUCCUGGGGAGGUUGUCCUUUCACCAAAGCAGGGUCAGCCUCUUCAUAUUCGGGUGACACCAGACCAUGAGAACAGCACAGCUACUUUGGAAAUAACCAGCCCAACCUCAGAGGAAUUCUUUUCAAGUACCACUGUCAUUCCUACUUUGGGAAAUCAGAAGCCACGGAUAACCAUCAUUCCCUCUCCAAAUAUUAUGCCUUCAAAAGGAAAAGGCAGUGAAAGUCCAUUGGGCCCUGACCGUUCCAUGUCUCCAGUCACUAUAACGACAUUCUCCAGAGAAAAGUCUCCAGAGGGAGGUAGAGUGCCUUUCGUUGACAGACCCACAUCACCAAUUCAGAUUAUGACAGUAUCAACAUCCGCAGCACCAGCAGAAAUCUCUGUUUCUCCGCAGUCACAAGACAUGACCAUGGGAAGGGCUGUUUUCAAAGUAACACCAGAAAAGCAAACUGUCCCAUCUCCAAUCCGUAAAUACAACACCAACGCCAAUAUUAUUACAACAGAAGACAACAAAAUCCACAUCCAUUUGGGAUCCCAGUUUAAGCGCUCUCCUGGUGCUGCACCAGAUGGUGCAAGUCCUGUGAUAACAGUCCGACCAGUGAACAUAGCAGCUGAAAAAGAAGUUGUCACUGGUACUGUCCUACGGUCACCCAGGAACAACCUGUCCUCACGGCCUGCAGCAAGCAAGGUGACAAGUACUAUCACUAUAACACCUGUAACUACGUCCUCCACACGAGGAACGCAGUCCGUGACAGCACAGGAUGGGUCAUCCCUGAGACCUACACCCACCCGUAUUCCCGUGUCAAAAGGAGGAAAAGAACCAUCGAAAAGGCAGUGUACAUCAGGAAUACAUUCAGCCUGGGAAGUGAGAAUGGGCAACUUCACCAAGUUACUAAUCCAGCCUAGGAAUUCUUAAUGCUUGACUUGGUAACUUUGUAAUAGACUGAAGGAAGAUCACUUUUAAAUAACUGUCUUCCAUCAUAACAGAUCACUUUCUGUCCUGGUUUCUGUGUGGAGCACCUGCUUAUAACCACAUUUUUUAGAUGCUGUGGUACCUAGGGACCUGAGCUUUUAUUUCAAUAAAAGCUAGUGUCUCACAUACAGCAGAGGCAGAAAGAAGGGACCACAGGUUGUGACCAGCCUUGUAUCUAGGAAUUUCUCCUGUAGAUCAGCUUUUCUCACCUGUGAGCUUCUUUUUCAAGGCAGUGACAAAAUUCAGGGGAUUGGGGAGGUUGCACAAUUUAGGCAGCAGCAGCACUAAACAGCUAUGUAUUUCUUCCAGAACUUUAAUACACUUGUAGUUAGUGCUUACAGCUGAGUCUCUCUUCUGUGGCUUAGAUUGCCAGCUCUGGGGUUAGAUGAAGGAAUUAGGCCUAAAGGUGUUUAGUCUUUAAAAAAAACCUUAGAGAAACAUUGAUCUGACUACAGUCAAUACAGUCCAUUUGUGCAUGCUCCAAAAACCAUGAAAAUCUAUUAAGCUAUUUAGUUGACAUCACUGGGCUUGCAGUUUUUCUGGUUAGAUGGACUUGUGCUCUGUAGAUAAACUUGAACUGUCAAGCAUCCUUAUGUGUUAGAGGGAGUGUCAACACAGAUUGCUGAUGGUAGCAGUUGCUACCUAAAGAGAUAGUUCAAGUAUGGUCAGGGAAAGAAAAAAGGUCUCUAUGAUCUCCUUUAUGGUCAGUUCUCAUUUGUUUGAAGUAUUUUGUGUUAAGUACAGACUGCCUCAGAGUACCAUGGAGAUUCAUCUUUCUUCUUCUCUCUUUUUGGUUUCUUCAUUUGUAUGUUUGCAUUUUUAAGCAUGUUUUAAGGAAUUGUUCCAGCAUGGAAAUGGUGUGGAUACUGAUGAUUGUUACAGUGAUUUAUUUAAUAACACUAAAGUUAUUAAAGGGCAUUUCCUUUAAGUGAUAGAUUUGCACAGAAGAAAGUUGCAAAAAAAGAAACUGAGCAGACUGAUAAAUUUUGGUUUUAAAGCUUGUUUACCUCAACCACCACAGAAAGCUGUAAAGGACUGGUUAGGAAUAGCUUUCAGAAGGAAAAGCAGGAAGACUACCAAUAAAUAAUAAAUACAAUUCACGGAAAGGAAAAUGCACCAGUGUGUGAAAUAUUAAAUAGCUUUCUGUCUGAGAGAAGAAAUUUGAUGGAAGAAUCUGCCACAAAAGGUCGACAAAAUUAUAUUCAAUCCAAACAGUGCUUAAUCUUCAGUCUGCACUUUGCAGUGCUCUCCAAUUUAAGAUCCAGAUAUGGCCAUUAUCCCAGAAUACAGCUGACAUUUUAUUAUUAACAUGAAGGACAUUUUGUCUGUGAUACGAAAGCUGCUGUCACAUAGAAAAAGAAAUAGACUUCCUUUUCUCCAUCUGUGCAGCACCUUCAGUACCUGCUAAUUUUAAGGCUCUGUUUCCUAUGGCACCUGGAAAUCAGAUUCAAAUUUUUCAUAGCACUCAAUUCUCACUAUUUCAGAUAAAACUUGGAAACUGGAAUUAUCAAGCGAUAUGAGUUACCAUUCCAGAAGUGCAUCAGACCCUCUCAACUAAUUGUUAUAGGUUAAAAGCCUCAGUUUGACAGUAAAUGGUUACUGAGAUCUUACUGUUCUAUUUGUAACAGAGACUUCUAAGCAGAUGUUUGAAGAAAACUUAUUAAGAGCUUUUAGCUGGAUAGACCCUCUAAACACUGGCACUCAAACAAAUCUUUAGUUCAAAACAAUCAUUUAAAUAAUACUGCAAACAUGAGCCCCAAGCUAAUGUGGUUACAGUGAUGAACUACAGCUGGCUUAAGCCUUCCUUUUCAUAUCCUUUUUUCAAAGAAACGAGCUAUUCCUUAGUUAACUUAACAUUGCCUUACCCAGGGCAAUGUUCUAAGUGUGCCUGUGGUUGAAAAAAUGGUUUGUUUUGCCUAAGAUCUGAGAAACUAAUUCACCUGAAGAAAUAAGCCAGACUUACAGUACCUGAAAUCCAAGACACACACAAAUUAGCACAGCUGAACCAGUACUGCAGACACAAGCUAGGAACUGCUCUAUAGAGUCAGAAGGAUUAUAUGAGACAGAUUUGAGAAAUUCCAGACAGGUCAGACCAAGAAUGCUGUUAUUUUUCCUGGGAACAAAAAAAAAAAAAAAAAAAAAAAGAACUUUUGCUCCAUAGCCAACCCAGCAGAAUUGAAGAGUUGGAAUCAGGCAACUAGUUUGACUGUUAGCUACAGAUAUGUAUUUUGUUGUAUUCAGCAUUUCUAACAUGUUUUGACUGAGCUGAGGUUCUUGUUUUGUAAAGGCAGAAAGAAUGUAAGAUAAUGAUACUUUUAUUAUUAUUUUUAAAAAAAAGGAAAGACUGUAGAUCAGAAGUCUUCAAAGUUGAAACUUAACUGUCUUUAUUUUAUUUGAAUUUCUUCUGAAUCUGAGGACUAUUUUUAGUGACUAUAGUAAGGUUCUCUGAUCAGUAGGUCAGCUCCAAAGGGUGAUUUAGACAACCAAGUCUAAAUAGAGUCCAUAAUGCUCCAGUUGAGCUCCCAGCUUUCCUUGUAUUGUCUGAGCACCAGAGACAUGCUGAAGAUCUACCUGAAGUUCUGCUGCUGCACUUGCCUACCAGUGUUGUGGCCCAACUAGAAGCGCAAUCUCCGAACCUAACUGAAAUCCAGAUUCUAGGUAUUCAUGUCCUUUCAGGACAUAAAAUCAACAAUAAAGCCACAAUUUCAUGGUCAUUCAAAGUCGGGACAUAACCAACCACCAGAGUCAGAAGUUGUAGUCUUGUCCUUGGCAAUUCCAACCCGAGAUAAUACUGACUUCCAUCUGGUUGACCCAUGAGUUGUCACAAGUGUUUCAACUUGCCUGGAGAACUGAUCUGAACUAAAAGGAAUCUAGCAACAGACAAGAAGUCUAAUUUUAACCUAGCCUAGAUGCAAGCUCUUGGGCCAGAAAAAGAAAGGGAGAAGGUGUGGGAAACCAGUAGCUGUUUUAAAGUGGUUGUAGAAUCAUUAAUGUCUCCUAAUAGAUCACAUACCACAGGGAUAUGUAGUAGUGUACUUAUUUUAACAAGCUUUUGAUUGAACCUGUCCUUCAAAGGCAUGAGUCAGGACCCUCUUCUCAGCAGUUCCUGAGGUAAUUCCAAGCAGCUCCACCAAAUUCAGCAAGCACUGACAGCUGAGAGACUGACGAUGGCAUUCUCAUUCCCUUCUGUAAAGGCUGUGCUGUUCUGCAUGGAGGAGUUCCGUAUUCAUUGAGCAGAAACAAAAGAGUGGUUGAGUGAUCAGGACAUUGAAGUAGGGGGAAGUUCCCCUAGAUUCAGGUCCCUGAUCCAAAGGCUGCUUUUAAGCCUGGCCUUCUGUGAAAAGAAGGCUUCUAAGAUGAAAUGUCUGUGUUUAUCCAUCCCUCCAUCUGUCCUCUGUCAAUGAAUGACAUUGAAUACAUCCACCAGUUUCGGCCAAACCUGACAAAGCAACAGAGGUCCCCAGAAUAAGAAGUUCUUCACGUUUAAUGAAAAGGGUGACUGAGAAGAGGAGCAAGACCUUAGCAGAACCCCACUGUGUGAAAGAAUGCAGCAUGAGCUCACCUUCAAGCAACAUCAAAGAACAAACACAAGAGAGUGAUGUCAGAAAUGCCACAAGGACAAGCUUUUUUCAGACCUCAGAUUUUACUAAGCACCAAAGAAUCAAACUGUCAGACAUAAAUCCAUAGGAAAUUAAUCGGGCCUUUAUUUACGGGGCUUCUUUAUGCGUAUUUUACCAUGACUGGGUUACAGUGCAGAAAACCAGCUUCCUCUGCCCAGGUGAUCACCAGGAAUUACUGAUGCUCAUUCUUUCUCUCCCUUUCCUUUUUCCCUGUAUUGAUUUUUUUAGUGAAGUGGAACAGUUUCAAUAGCAAAAUGCACUCAGAAUAACAAUGAUAAAUACAGUGCUCUUUGAAAGAGAGGAAGUACAGAUUUGAAUCCCAUCAGACACAAGCAAAAUCUGAACCCAUAGCGCCCACAUUACGAAAUACUGCUCUUAACAUGGACUAUCUGUGCAAAUGAAAAUUUCCAUUUCUUUCAUUGACUUCUAAGCACUUCAAAUAUUUUCAGGAUAUUGAGAGAAAGGGCCUGAUCUGCUACUCUUUUCAUGAGAUGGCUGCUGCUUUGUGAGUGCCAAAAAGAGGAAGGAGCUUCUGGCAGGGCUUAGCAAGACACCUAAUGCACAGAGGAACGGCGGGAUUCAGAAGUUACAACACUGUACUCUGCAUUCCUGCUCAACAUACCGUAUCUAAUCUGAACAUCUCUUGCUGCAAUCUCUGUCCUCAUCCCUUUAAAUCAGAAAAUAAGUCAGUAAUAGAUGUUAACUAAUCUACAUCCAUACUUGCAACAUAAGAAAAGGUUAGCAUGCACCUAAAUUCUGACAUCAGCUUUUUCCCUUGUACCCAUGCUAGUGCUAAAAAGGUCGAAGUUCAGACUCACUAGGAACAGAUGAACAUUUUUAUUUUGGUUAUGCUUCAAUAAGAAGUGGAGAAAUUAUUUGUUCUGGCUGACAUAGCCAUACCCAGCCCAUAAGGCUUAGGUAGAGCGACAGGAGAACAGGAGAGGUGCCAACCCAUUCAUGACAAGAUACAGAUCAGCAUGCACUGAUGUGUGAGAUUUUGGUUCUAGACCCGCAACAAAGUUUUCUGCUGCAUUUUCAAGAUUAGAUCCUGUCACCUGAAUGCUGUUACUGGAUGAGUAUUGCUAAUGUGGUCAUGAGCAGAGCAGUGUUUGCUCUUUCAGUCAAAGUAUGACUGAAAAUGAGGGAGCACAGAACUUCAUCUCUAAUGUUUAGAGGAGCUUUCUCAUAUUGUUAAACAUACUAAGUAAACAGUAGAAGAAAAACAGAGAUUCUUAUUUAGUUUGCCCACUUUUUUUUCCCCUUUGUGACGCCCAUUAAUGUGGUUCCUCAAAAAGCACAAAACACUUUUGUUACUUUUCUUAAUAUGCCCAUAGAAUACACAUCACCAUAGCAAUUAGUUGCAUUUGAGUACUCUCAGAAGUCACAUGAAUAUGCUGAUUCAUGCCAGUUAGAUGCCAAAUCAUGUUACUGCUUGAAAUGUGCUACGUGUUCUAAAACAUGUUCAAUAUUUACAUGAACAUUUUGUGAUUCUGAUCAGAAGCUGAAAGUCAUGUCUUUAAAGAAGCAGUCUACCAUCCUGUGGUGUUUCAGGUGCUUGGCAUAAUCUGCAGCAGUCAAGACAAUUUUCAGACCAAUUAUAUGUUCCUAUCAAUGGCCAACUUCAUUGAAUCUGUUUGAAACCUGCAGUUUGCUGACAGAAGAUUCUAUGAGCUCAUCUUUUGAACUUGUUUUCAUUUAGGGGAAUGUUUUUCUCCCCUUCAUCAGUGUGAGUUACCUUCUUUCCCUUAAUUCUGACUGAGCAUACUCUGACAGACCUCUAUCCAACAUUUCUCACUGAAGAUGUUAACUUUUGAUCUCCAUUACUACCUAUGCUGCCCUUACAAAGCUUUUUGGAAGAUGCAGUGAGGAUUAACUACUUUCAAAUUCAGAGCUGUCAGCUCUGAAAUUCAGGUACAAAUCGUUCAGGUACAAAUCAUUCAGGUAUGAAUGGUUCCUCACUUUAAAAACUCUUUUUCAACGGGAUUAUAAAAAUAGAAAUACUGACAGAUGAUUCAGUUUUGUCACUUGGAUGCGCAACUUUCUGUAUCAUUUGAUGUUUUUUGUUUGUAUAUAUUGUAAGAAAAAAUUAAACUUACAUGCAUACAUUAAACAUACAUUAAAAUGUCAGUUGAUGUGCUUCAUUAUGAGAGUUGGUAUUUUUGAUAGGCCAGUUGCUAAUGCUGUGUUUCUCUGAGAUAUUCCAGCUUACACUGGGGAGACGGAAAUCAGAUUGAUCCUUUUUAUUAUGUAUCUUUGUUCUCUUUUCCUGUCAUUAAAAUAACUUCAGUUGCAUUUAAGUGAAUUGAUAGCUCCUUGAAAUAUUCAGACCUAAAAGCCUAGAAAAAUGUAUGUAAUUAUAUCCUACAGAUACCAUAUUCCUACAGAGGUUACUCCUACAGAACUGUGACAAAAUCUACCCUACUGUAGUUUCGGUUUAAUAACUGUUUGAAUACCUCUUCUAGUAACUACAGUAUGUAGUAUGUAGUAUGUAGUAUGUAGUAUGUAGUAUGUAGUAUGUAGUAUGUAGUAUGUAGUAUGUAGUAUGUAGUAUGUAGUUUGAGCAACCUGGUCUAGAGGGAGGUGUCCCUGCCUAUAGCAGAGGGUUGGAACUAAAUGGUCUUAAAUGUCCUUUCCAACCCAUACCUCUCUAUGACUCUGUGUAAUAAUGAAUACAUAUACGUAUUAUAUGUAACAAUUUAAUGCAAAAUAAAUUGCUAGGAAAAAAACAAACAAACAAACAAAAAAAACCCAAAACAAACAACCCGGUCCAUACAUAUAAAUGAGUGUGAGAAAAAAAUGAACAAGUAAAUACUAGAACUGGAAAAUAUUUUUUUAAAUAUUUUUCUGACUUUUUAAAAAAUCAUUAUGUUUAGUCUGCAGGACAGCUGACUCAGAAACCCACUGUAUUUUUGCUGUUCAUUCAGUAUUGAGCAUUCACAAGGAAGAUGAUAUUUUCUACAGUCCAUUUAGUUUUUAGAAUUUUGUUAUUAAACUAUGAAUAAAUUGAUUAUUAAGAAAAAGUGUUUCCUAUAGAAUUCACGUGACUCCCAUUGACACAAAUGGGAGGUUUCAUUCGAUGUUAUAAUCUGACAUUAAAUGCAGCUUUUUGCAUAAUAUUCCUCAAGAGCAUGAAGUUAGAGAACAGCUCUGCCUCUAAUUUUUUCUUGCCAUAGUUUGCGGUUCUUUAAUAUUCAUUGCUCAAAUUUCUGAGAAUAAGCACACACAUAUUCCUGAAAAUCAUUUCUGAAUGUAAAUUAUAUAAAAAAUGAAAUGCUUUCAUGUAGGAAAAUCUAUUACUUCAUUUGCCACACCUUAUUUCCUUGGAUGUUGCCUUAGCUGUGCUUUUCUCGGGCAACACACAUAAAAAACCUAACUGGAACCUGCCAUCUAGUGGCAACAUUCUGGCAUAACGAGUACACAAAAAGCAGUGGCCUUUCUUUUAAUGUAACUUACUUAAGCACCUUUCAGGUAUUAGCAGACAAAGUCAACAGAAAUGUCUAAGGGGAUAAUGGCACGGUUAGUACAAUUUGUUGGGCUGCAUACUUUUUGAAAAAUCUUCAGGCUAUUAAGAGAGGAAAGAAUCUUAAAAAAACCAACAACAUUUCAAUUAAAAAACGAGUAUUUAUGAAAACAUGUUACUGUACUUCUAGUUAGCAUCGGUGCAGUUAUAUUAUUUGAAGUGUGCAAAAUACCUAUUUUCAGAGAUAAUGUCAUUGAUUGAUAGCUAAAUUCUUCUAUUAAAAAUUGCCUGUUGGAGCAGUGUACUUAAACAGAAAAGCUGAAGACCAAGCUGUGAGCCAGCAUUUCAAAAGAACCUCGAAAUUAAUCAGCGAGCUCUUGUGUUACACUCAGGACAAAAUUAAAUUGGGCCUUUCAAAGACAAGGCAAAUAUUUCCUUUUGCAUACUAUGGCUGGAAUUUAUAUUCCAGGCAAUAGCAAAAUUCCGCAGACUUGCUGAAUAAAAGCAGCAUCAGAUUCUAAGGAAAAUUCAGAUAAAAACAAAUGACUACAUACCUCUUUCUUAACCCCACUUCAGAAUCGCCAGCAGGUUUUUGAUGAUUUUGCUCAGAUAGGAUUCAAGAUACCCAACUUCAAAUUGUCCUCCACAGGAUUCAGGUGUGGGGCUGGGCCUUAGUGUUCCUGUGGUUCAAUUUAUUCAGCUGUAUUAUUCUUUUUUUUCCAAGUGAUGGAUUUGACAGUGAAGUGGGAGCCAAGGGCUCCAGAGCCCUAGCAUGGUACUAGUUAGGUUUCCCAUUGCAGCAUUUAAACAGAGCAUUUUUUUAUCAGACAGUGACGUUAGAGAAAGGCUGCAAGGUAUUUCCUGAAAAAAAAACCCACUUUGCUAAUGUAAUUGUUCUUCAUGAUAGUAACUUGUAAUUUAUUUCCAGUUUCAUAAAACCAAAUGUUUUGCUCUCUUUUCUUUUAGAGAGUGUCAUCAUUCACCAGUUACGCAUGAGCUCUAGAUGAGCUACCAGCACCCCAGUAUUCUCUCUGUGUGCACUACCCUCCUUACCAGUUGGACGGAUCACUGUAGAAGCCCUCUACCAUCAACACCAGGGUCACUUGUGCUACUGAUUAUUCAUGGGAGUAUUUACUGCUUCCAUUAGGUUUUAUGUAUUCUUGGUAGAGCUUUAAGAACGGUAUUUUGAUACAGCCAGAGGGAGAUAAGCAGUCUUUCUGCCAGCUGAAUUUCACUUUUAUUUGCAAAGCCUGAGGCACGUGCUUGAUUUUGUUUGCCAUAUAAUUUAUUUUUUUAAUACACUUUGUAAAGUAACUGUCCCAAAGUUGCAAUUCCUGUUGUCCGUGGUGCAUUUGUUUGUAGAAUACACUGUUAAAUUUGCAAUUUGAUAUUUUUGUAGAGGAGAGAAUGUAAAGAAAUGAAAAAAUAAUUUCAACAGUAUUUUCUGUUUAAAUGGAAAAAUACUCGGCGCAAUUUUUUGCUACCAUACGAUUCUGUGAGACUAAAUACUCUGAUGACUGCUGUAUGGAAUUUCUACUAUUGCAGAAUAUGUCUUGCACUGUGUGAUGGUUUGGCAUAAAAUUAGGUAUAAAGUCCAAUGCCUUGAAAUACAACUAGAUUUACUCAUUUUAGACGAUGUAAGCCAGUUUUUAAAGCUGUGAUUUUUUUCUAUAUAAUGUAUGUUUUUACUUAUGCCUGUACCAAAAAAAAAAGUUGAUUUUCAUUACACUGUAACUAAUAAAUUUUCACAACUAUGCAAAUGUAA